UUUUCUUGUUCCUUUUUAAUUUUUUAUUUUUUUUUUUUUUCAUUUUUCUGGUUGUUCGGGUUUCUCACAGCUCCAAGAAACAACAGGAUAAUUGCAAGUUAUCAAGGAUGCUAGAAGAGUUACUGAUAUUUACAAGAGGAGGGUUAAUCCUCUGGACUUGUAAAGAACUUGGGAACGCUCUAAAAGGUUCACCUAUUGAUACCUUGAUUCGCUCCUGUCUUUUGGAGGAGCGAUCUGGUGCGGCAUCAUACAAUUAUGAUGCCCCGGGUGCUUCCUACACCCUCAAAUGGACCUUUCACAAUGAACUUGGCCUUGUGUUUGUGGCUGUGUACCAACGGAUCCUUCAUCUGUUGUAUGUGGAGGAUCUUCUUGCUAUGGUGAAGCACGAGUUUUCACAGGUUUAUGAUCCGAAAAGGACUGCGUAUCACGAUUUUGAUGAGACUUUUAGGCAGCUGAGGCUGGAAGCCCUGGCUCGUGCUGAGGAUUUGAAGAGGUCGAAUCCCCCCAUGGCCGGGAAUGCCAAGAAGCAAGGGCAGGGAAAUAAGUCUGGAUUCGAGGGAGGGAGUAAGAAGAAGGGUGAUGGUGCUCCGAAGAAUGAUGGCGGGGAUGGUGACAAUAGCAAGGGCCUUAAGUUGGAGAAUGGGCACUCUAAUGGCAAUUUUGUUGUUACUAAAGAUUCUAACCUGAGUAGUAAUGUGAAUGGUAGGGAGAAUGCAAGUUCCGAAGUUGGGGCUUUCAAUGUACAUAAGCUUCAGAAGCUUAGGACCAAAGGUGGAAAGAAGACAGAUACAGUUGCCAAGGCCUCCAAGGCAGAGCCAAACAAAAAAGUGACAAAGAAAAAUAGAGUUUGGGAUGAUAAACCUCCUGAAACAAAACUGGACUUUACUGAUCAUUCAGGUGAGGAUGGGGACAAGAACAUAGAUUUUGUGGCUGCAGAUAUAGGUGAAAGUAUGAUGGAUAAAGAGGAUAUUGUUAGCAGUGAAAGUGAGGAGGAGGAGGAGGAGAAUGAUGUGGGGAAGAAAAGCAAGACGAAUGCUAAAAACAAGGGUUGGUUUUCAUCCAUGUUCCAGAGUAUUGCGGGGAAGGCAAAUUUGGAGAAGUCAGACUUAGAACCAGCUUUGAAAGCUUUAAAGGAUAGGCUCAUGACCAAGAAUGUGGCUGAGGAGAUAGCUGAGAAACUCUGUGAAUCAGUGGCAGCAAGUCUUGAAGGCAAAAAGCUGGCUUCAUUUACAAGGAUAUCUUCAACAGUGCAUGCGGCAAUGGAAGAAGCACUUGUUCGAAUUUUAACUCCUAGGCGUUCCAUUGAUAUACUGAGGGAUGUGCAUGUUGCCAAGGAGCAAAGGAAACCAUAUGUUGUUGUAUUUGUUGGUGUUAAUGGUGUUGGAAAAUCUACUAAUCUAGCUAAGGUUGCUUACUGGCUUCAGCAGCACAACGUUAGUGUUAUGAUGGCUGCUUGUGACACAUUUCGAUCAGGGGCUGUUGAGCAGCUGCGGACUCAUGCUCGGAGACUUCAGAUCCCUAUAUUUGAGAAGGGCUAUGAGAAAGAUCCUGCCGUUGUGGCAAAAGAAGCAAUUCAGGAAGCUUCACGCAAUGGUUCAGAUGUGGUUCUAGUUGAUACAGCUGGUCGCAUGCAGGAUAAUGAACCAUUGAUGAGAGCACUGUCAAAACUCAUCUAUCUUAACAAUCCAGACCUAGUCUUAUUUGUUGGAGAAGCACUAGUUGGUAAUGAUGCAGUUGAUCAGCUUUCGAAGUUCAAUCAGAAAUUAGCUGACCUCUCAACAUCUCCUAAUCCAAGGCUAAUAGAUGGAAUCUUGCUCACAAAGUUUGACACCAUCGAUGAUAAGGUGGGAGCUGCACUUUCAAUGGUUUACAUAUCUGGAGCUCCUGUCAUGUUUGUGGGCUGUGGACAGUCUUAUACUGACCUCAAGAAACUCAACGUCAAAUCCAUUGUGAAGACUCUCCUUAAAUGAGGGCACAAACUUGGUUUAUUUUCCCUUCCAAUGGUGUUCACUUGUCAUGAAUGUUUCUGUUUGAUGAUUAACUUGUUUAUCCCCGUUGAUCCCCAUUACUUUGUUGGAAAAACUGUGUGGCUAUGACUCUUGAGGCAAUUUGGUUUGUUUAUAUUAAGAAAGCUUGUAUUCAGUCCCUCCCUUCUUUCACCCUUAGGCUUGGGUGCUCUCUCUCGAGUGUUGUUUUUUAACCCAAGAUUUCU